GUUAACAUGCAAUUCAUCGUGUACUGCCGGGUGUAUUUUCGCGAGAGUUGGCGUACUAAGUCAUUGGUCAUUGUAAUAUGGCUGCUCGAUUUAUGCCAUUCCGCACUUGUGGCAAGCGCCCUCUGGGAUUCCAUCAUUGCGAGUGAUAGUGGCUUGGAUACACUUGACACAAUCCCCUGGAGUAUUGGUCCGGCGAUCGAGCUUACUGCUAUGAUCACCUUCAUCGUCCAAAGUUUCUUUGCGUACCGAAUCUAUAUAUUGCAAAAUAAGAAGCUCACUGUAGUGAUUCCAAUUGUUGUUCUCUCUUUGGCUCGUUUAGUCAUGACUAGCAUCACAAUGAGUGAAAUGCUCAGAUUGCAAUCAUACAGUGCAUUCUUUCAACGAUUUUCUUGGAUAUUCACGUUGGGACUCUCACUUUCGACACUCGUGGAUAUCAUGAUCACAACUUUUAUGUGCUACUUCUUUCGCAGAAAUCGCCCAACCUUUACGGACACUAUCCGUAUCAUUGACGCCCUGACGUUCUGGACAAUUCAGAAUGGCUCAAUGACAAGUACUGCGACCAUCGCGACAUUGAUUUGCUGGAAAGUUAUGCCUCAGAACCUCAUAUUCCUAGGUCUUCACUUCAUUGUAGCGAAAUUACAUGCAAAUUCCCUUUUAGCUACUACGUCAGUCUCAAUGCCAGAAAGCAAAUCUGGAACGGAGAGCAGCACACUCCUACAAACGAUCGAUCCAUGCCAAUCGUCUUUCUGGAGAACUUUGAGCACGCACCUGAAUCUUCGACCAUACAACAGGAAUUCUAGAUGCAGUUUGAUGCUCGCGAGUCGCCAACUGAAAGCAGGGCACCAACGUGGAAAUUUGGUGCAAGUAAAUGUCGAGGUGGAGACAGACAGCGGCGCAGACGAUAACCCAGUUUGAUGUUCUGUAGUUCGAACACUAUGCUAAUGACACCCUCACGACCCUUGUUUGCUGUGUCUCUGAGCUGCGAGCCCCUCGGCCCCGUCUAUUGGUCAACAUGUCGUGGGUACCUUGAUGGCAAGCGGAUCAAUCGAAUAUCAAAAUGUUCGACCAAUAGUCAGGCUGA